AUGACUAAACUCAUCCUCUCAACAUCCAAUAUCAUGAAUGGCGGACCCUCAAUCAUCCGUCGUCCAGCGUCCGAAAAGUCUAACGUGGAGCUCAUCAACGCCCUGCGCUCCAACUUCCUCGCUUCGAUGCAAGUAUUUGCGCCAGCCACCAAAGGAUUCUCCUCAUCCGACGGGGCUGAGCGCAAAACGAUCUCACAGGACGUUCCAUAUUCCGAGUGGACGGCUCGAGAAGACGGAUCCCUCUUCGUACCCUCGAUCGACUUCGCGCAGUCAGGGUUGGCAGAAGAGAGGUCGCAGUACGACAUUACAGUGAAACUAUUCUUCCUCCCACACACGUCAGCAACAGAAAGAUGCAGACACUCACAAGAGGCCGUAGAUCUGGUGCUAAGGGAGCUGCACAUGCCGUCGAUAGACCUGCUAAUUGUCUCUUUCCCUGGGGUAUCAUUCGAUGCGGAUGACGAAGACGAGGAAGAACCACAGUGGAGUCAAGAUGGUGAAGGGGAAGACCUCAGCGCAAUGGUGGAAACAUGGCAAGCUCUCGAAAAUCUCCACGGCAAAGGUACUGUCAAGCAGAUAGGCCUCUCGGAAUUUGGAAGCGAACGGCUGGAGAAAUUUCUGCCCAGGACAAAUGUACGGCCUUCAGUAGAUCAGAUCAACGUCCGAGACUGCUGCGUCGUGCCCAAGUCCUUGAUUUUGUACGCCAAGCAGGAAAAAAUUGAGCUUUUGACACACAACGACUGCACAAACAUACUGCCUAGCGGUACCGUAAGAGAGCUUCUUGGAAAUGGCGAUAAAGGUGCUGGUGUUUUAGCCGGACCAGAAGAAGGCUCGAAAGGGUUAAAAGGCGAGUUAGAACCGCAGUGGGUGGUGAAAUACACUGCUGUCGUCCGCGAUCGAGGUGUCAUCGAAAACAAAGGCUACUUCGCCAUGGCCGAGGUGGGAGAUUGA